AUGAUCGGAGCACUGGGCAAGAUCCUAGAUGAAGUCCAAUUCGGACCAUAUAAGCGGAAGGUGAAAAAGUAUCUCGAUGAAGCCAGAGCAGACUCGGUCCUCGAAGAUCUCAAAAAAGCACUUGCGCCGAGGCUUAGGGGGGUAAAGAGUCUGUGGACGACAUUCGACACCUACUGCGUCGAAGACUCCUCUCAGCAGCCAUACUGGAACGACAACAGUUUCAGAAAAUACUUAGAGAAAUUGUAUCCUGAUGUCGCUAUGUCCGAGGCCUCGAUCCAGCUGCUAUGGAGAUGUUUCUACUUCUACGCCUAUCACCCGUUUCCACGCGAUACUACUGACGGAAAAUUGGAUUCGGCGGCCUUCCAGCGUGCUGUAGCUUUACUAGUCGUCCAAGGCACGGAUAUUUUGGGCACGCAGGACGGAGGUGAUUACUUCUGGCGCAACGACGAUGCUUAUUUCCGCAAAGCCAACUUCGAAAGUAUUUUCAGAAGUAUUGGCCUCCCAGAGAAUACAGACCGGCCGUCCAACCAUCUGGAUUAUGACUCAACAUCUAUUUUGGAAGCUGCCAUGGACGUAUUAGCCAUGACGCAGCCUCACACAGUAAGCUUGGCUCCGUCGCCGGAUCAGCUUCGACCUGCAGCCCAAAAGCUCCUUGGUGAAGGUGCUUCUCAAAGGCGAUAUCGGAUAGGUCGCGAAGACUUAUCGGCAUUACUGAGCUUACUGCUACGGCUGAGGCUACGCGAAGCUAAGUGGGGAUCACGCUUCCAUUUUGGUACUAUUGGAAAAAGAGAUCCUGGUAAUGAAGAACUGGCUGAUAUACUGGUGAGAGGACUGGGUGAGAAUCAGGACGAGGAGUAUCUUACGUCUGGUCAAAUUAUAAUGUCAAUGGAUCUACUGCCAAAUUUGCAGCUACAGUUCCACCAGCUUUGGGCCGUUCUUUUUCAACCACCCAUGACCGCAGAUGAUAAAGCGCCAUCCCAGAUCCCCGGAGCUAUACCCAACCAUAUACUUGCAGCUAUUUCACUAUUCAUACCUCAACCCAAGAUCUCCAGCCACUCCCAGCCAACGACACAGGACAUGCGAAUCUCUCUGGAAGACUCUUUCCCCCCGUCGCAGAGAUCAUAUGACCCAACAGUAACACGUCUCGUCCAGUCUCUCGUCCAAGACCCACAUCCCCAUCUCAUACUGCUUACCAGCAACGCAACAGCAACGACACCGCUCACAGUAAUCGGAGCAUACUUUCCUAGGCCGCUCUCCAACGCCAAAGGGGAGAAGCGUGAACCCAAGACCAGCACUCCGCAUUUACUCUUCCAGCUACGGCCUAAUUUCCGACUUCUCCGAUGGAACGGCCCUCACAUGCUCCUUACCCAAAUCAUAAACACAGAAGACGACGCACCAUUGUUAAGAGCUGUUGCAGCAAGUGACGAACCGCCUCUAGAGUCCACGAAAGCCUACAGGAUCGGAGACCCUGAAAGAAAAGGCGCUGGCUUGUGCAUUGAUCCAGAGACGAAGUCAGCGACGCUGACGAGCAACAUCACAGAUACCGAUAGCGGCAAGGUUGUUGGGUAUAAACCGGUGUACAUGACCGGUAACGAUAAUGACAUAACAGCUUAUAGUAACUGGGAGGUAGCUGUCAAGAUCGACCAUUUCGAGAUCUUCCGCGUGAAGGUUGGUAUAGAUGCGCAUGUUGCUUCCGAGGGAGCAAAGGAUCAGAAUCAAUACGCACAGGAUGCAACACAAGAGAAGAUUCAAGGGCUUUACGCCAUGAUUGUCAUGUACAAGACUGGUGGUAGCGAGCAGCCAGAGAAUGGCAUAGAACGGGUUGAUCUGGGCGCCACUGCAAUUGCGAAGUAUGGCAGAGACGCUCAGCCAGAUGCAACUGUGGCUGAACCAGGAAGUUCAGAGAAGCCAAGAAUGCUGGAGGACGUCAAGGAGAAGAUGAAGCAGCUCCGCCUUGCCAGUGGCGAGACUCACGGCGAGGCACAGAUGCCUGUCCCUUGCGCACGGCUCAUCUUUCCUGCCCUUGACGCUGCUGGACUUGCUUCCCCUGCUGCGGAAGAAGAACGCAAUAGCGAUGGUAUAGGCAGUAGCAUCAUGGCUAAGUCAAAAAGCGCGUCCAAAUUCCUCAACGACUACUAUGAUCGCCGAGCGCAGGCAUCUUACGCCUAUCAGAAUCCAGAGUCCACCUUGACCGCUCAAGCAGCCCCUGCGGCGCCAAGAUUUAGAUCGCGCUUUGCAGACCCCAAUCAUGCAACCAACACGCACUUCUUCACACUGAUUACAGGCGGCAAAUUCAAAGCCGAGCCAUUGGGUCGCCGUCGAUAUGAGCGCGCGCAACGCCAAGCGGCGGAGAAACGCGCACAAGGUAUCAGAGAACAGUCAAGCAAGCGUCUGCUGCAGGAGAAUGUGCAUUAUCUGAUGGUGGUGAACAAGCCAACGGAGGAGGAGUUGUUGAAGGCGAAGAGGGACAUACAAGAAGCAAAGGAAAAGAAAGCGGCGAGCAAGAAGCACCAAUCUUAG